AUGGAUAAAUGCAAUACAGAUAAAGAUCCACAACCACAUUUUGAUACGGAUAAUAAUCCACCAGGUGGCGAUGUUGCAGUUGUUGAACUCGAUUUUAAUGUUAACGAUACAACUACUUUAGAAAACUUACAACAGAGUCUCCUUGAAAAAUCGCCUGAAAAAUAUAUACCAAUUGAUGGAAAAAUUCCUACUCCAUUUAAGAAGGCAUUGUUUUGGCCAGACAAACCAUGUUUUAAAGAAACGAAAAAAAGAGUCGAUGAGGUCCCUACAAUUGUAUUUUACGGGAAAAGGAAAUCUGAAGUUGAUGUGACCCUUGCCCAAGCAGAAGUAGCAUUAGCUGCCCUGAAUGAUGACUGUUCUGAUAUAGAAGAUGAAGGAGAUCCAGAUUAUGAAGAGGCUGAUAUGUCAGCCUCUAUGUAA